AUGGAGGAAGAAGUGCCUUUAAUUGUUUCCGUAAAUAGUCCACACGAUUUCGAAAUGGAUGAACGAAAUUAUUUAUUGCAAUCUGAAGCCUGUUUUGUAAAACCAACACCUGGACAAUGGCGAAAAAACUUUUCAAGUUUUUUUAAAAUUAGCAGGUUUUUGAAAUUGUUUUAUUGCUGCUGUUGUCAACCUGUUGAACUCAAGGAUAGGAUAAUUAAUUUGGGAACUUCUACCGUCGGCAGGUACCCUCCAAAUGUGAUAAGGAAUCAAAAAUAUAAUUUAAUAAGUUUUUUUCCAAAGGUUUUAUUCGAGCAAUUUCGUUUUUUUUUAAACUUUUAUUUUUUAAUUAUGGCUUUAAGUCAAUUUAUACCAGAUGUUAAAAUAGGGUACUUGUAUACAUACUGGGGACCUUUAGCCUUUGUUAUAAUUGUUACUGUGAUUAGAGAAGCUAUAGAUGAUUUAAGACGACACCAAAGGGACAAGGUUGUCAAUAAUCAAAAAUACAGACGUUUGAUUAAUCAGCCACCUUUUUAUGAAUAUGUCUCUUCCAGCAAACUUAUGGUUGGAGAUAUGAUAUAUGUAGAAAAAGACCAAAGGGUACCUGCAGAUUUAAUUCUGUUGCGGACAACUGAAACUACUGGUGCAGUUUUUAUCAGAACUGAUCAGUUGGAUGGAGAAACCGAUUGGAAAUUAAGACUGGCCAUAUCAGAAUCACAAAAACUUCAAAAUGAUGAACAGUUAUUUUCAAUGUCUUCUUCAUUGUACAUUGAAAAACCGCAAAGAGACAUACAUUCUUUUAUUGGAACGUUCCAAAGGAACGAUGAACAUCGAGUUGAAAUUAGCUUGGACAUAGAAAACACUUUGUGGGGAAAUACUGUGAUUGCUAAUGGGACAGCUUUAGGAGUUGUUAUUUACACUGGAAGUGAAACAAGAAGCGUCAUUAAUAAUUCUCAACCUCGUAGCAAAGUUGGUUUGUUCGAUUUGGAAAUCAAUUAUUUAACUAAAAUAUUGUUUGUAGCCGUUAUUUUUUUGUCUUUAUUAAUGACGUGUUUAAAAGGAUUUAAUGGACCCUGGUAUAAAUAUUUCUUCAGAUUUAUUCUUUUAUUUUCCUACAUAAUACCAUUGAGUUUAAGAGUCAAUUUAGAUUUAAGUAAAUUUUUUUAUUCUUGUUGCAUACAGCAAGAUGAAGAAAUAAAAGGAACGGUAAUCAGAUCGACUACCAUUCCCGAAGAAUUAGGUAGAAUAUCAUAUCUUUUAUCAGAUAAAACUGGAACCCUUACCCAAAAUGAAAUGGUUUUCAAAAAAUUAUAUUUGGAAACAUUAUGUUACGGAACGGAUUCUUUUGAUGAAAUUAAGCUUCAGUUGAGGCAAGCCUAUAGUCACGUAUCGAAAAAUCCCGAUGAUCUUUCGAGAGAUGAUGAUAAAAAUUCUGAAAAGAAAACCGAACUUCGAGAAAAAGUUAAAAAAUAUAAUUGGUCUCGCGUAAAAGAUGCUGUCGAAGCAAUUGCUUUAUGUCAUAAUGUUACUCCUACAUACGAGAAAAAAAAUUGUGAAAAUAGUGGAAAAUUGAUGAAUAUUGAUUUUUCAAUGACUGAUAGUGAUAGCGAAACUGUUCACGACACAAUUAUUUACCAGGCAUCAAGUCCAGAUGAAAUUGCUUUAGUCAAAUGGACAGAACAAAUGGGCUUGACUUUAAUUAAGAGAGAUUUAACUUCGAUUUCAUUGAAAAAUCCUCUCAACGAAACCCUUGCAUUUACAAUAUUAAAAAUUUUCCCAUUUACUUCGGAAUCUAAAAGAAUGGGAAUUAUUGUUCGGAACGAAGAAACAAAAGAAAUAACAUUUUAUUUAAAAGGUGCUGACAUUGUUAUGACGCAUAUUGUUCAGUACAAUGAUUGGUUAAACGAAGAAUGUGGAAAUUUGGCAAGGGAAGGUCUUCGUACUUUGGUCGUCGCAAAAAAAACUUUAACUCCUGAGCAAUAUUCAGAUUUUGAUGUGAAAUAUAAUGCUGCGAGAUUGAGUACAACGGAUCGAAAUAAUAUGGUUAGCAGCGUUAUAGAAAAUUUAGAAAGAGAAAUGGAACUUUUGUGUUUGACUGGCGUAGAAGAUAGAUUGCAAAAACGUGUAAGACCAACUCUUGAAUUGUUAAAAAAUGCUGGCAUUAAGGUUUGGAUGUUAACUGGUGAUAAAUUGGAAACAGCCCAGUGCAUAGCUAAAAGUUCUAAACUUGUUUCUAAAUCACAAAGUUUACACGUUUUAAAAAACGUCACAAAUCGAACGGAAGCUCAUUUACAAUUAAAUGCUUUUAGGAAAAAACAAGAUUGUUGUCUUGUAGUCAGCGUUCACGGUCGAUAUUCUUACAAUAGAUCAGCAGCACUUAGCCAAUUUAUUGUACAUCGAGGACUUAUAAUAUCUGUCAUGCAAGCCAUAUUUUCCGCCGUGUUUUAUUUUUCAAGCGUUGCUUUAUAUCAAGGAUUUCUUAUGGUGGGGUAUGCGACCGUUUACACGAUGUUUCCCGUAUUUUCAUUAGUUCUCGAUUCUGAUGUUAAUUCGCAAACUGCAUUGACUUAUCCCGAACUUUAUAAAGAAUUAUCCAAGGGUAGAUCAAUGUCUAUGAAAACAUUUUUUAUUUGGGUUUUAAUAAGCAUGUAUCAAGGAGGUGUCAUAAUGUAUGGGGCUUUGAUUCUUUUUGAAGAUGAAUUUAUUCAUAUUGUCGGUAUCAGUUUUACGGCUUUAAUUCUAACCGAACUCGUUAUGGUCGCUUUAACUAUUCAAACUUGGCAUAGAUUCAUGGUCGUUGCAGAAAUAUUAAGUCUUUCCUUUUAUAUUUUAACACUUGUUAUUUUUAAGAAUUACUUUGAUGCUGAAUUUAUACAAACUUUGAGUUUCAUGUGGAAAGUCGGUGUCAUAACUGGUGUUAGUUGUUUACCCUUGUAUGUACUUAAAAACUUGAGGAAAAAAAUUGCUCCUCCAAGUUAUUCAAAACUAUCUUAA